AAUUUGAAUUUGAUAUUUUAUUAAAUUUUAUCUGAUAUUAUUUUGCUAGGAUAUUAUGACUUGGGAGGAAUUUUUACUUUUUGCUAAAGAUAUAUUAGUAAAGUCUAAUGAGCUAGGUGAUAAUUGGCAGUUAGUAGGAAAAGAUGAAAAUUAUUCACAAUACUUGAUGAAACAAGAAAAACAUGUUUGUGAAAAUGAAAACUCACAUUUGGAAGAAUGCGAUUCAAAUGAUUUUAACGAUAAGUCUGAAGCAACAUUUAAUAGUGUUAUUGUAUAUAAUUUUGAAUAUCAUGUCACAUAUAACAUCAGCUAUAUGGUUCCUGUUUUAUCCUUUAAUGCUUCCAAACCUGAUGGUACUAUUCUUACACUGGACAGUGCAUGGAAAAUAUUGUUACAAAAUGGUGUAACGGACAGUAGUUUCCAUUCAAUUCUUACUCAAAUGGAUCAUCCAGUAUUACAAAUACCAUUUUUGACAUUACAUCCUUGUAGGACACAGGAAUUGUUAGGAAAGUUUCAGAAAAGUGGUAAUCUACUACUUACAUUUAUAUCUGGGAUUGGUCCAUAUAUUGGCUUACGAUGUGAUUUGCGAUACGGGCAAACAAAUGAUCUGACGAUGAAAUUUGACUUUGCUCAUAAAUGAAUAACAUAUAAUAUUAAAUAUGCUAAACAUCAGCUGAGCGAGGAAUUCUUAUGAUGACGAGCUAUGAAUAAUUUUUAUAAAUAUUUAUUUAAAUUACUAAAUUAAUUGAAUAUGAUAAAUUAUGAGAUCGAAUAUUAAUGUAUGUGAAAUUUAUAUAAUCUGA